UCUGUCUGUGUUUAUUUGCUCAACUAGAAAGAGGUCUGCAAACAAGGUUAAAGUAGACAAGGAAGAGGGGUGACUGACACAUGCUUCCAAUGAUUGGGAGCACGCGGUCCUGCAUUAGUCCAUCAUUCUGUCCUCUCACACCGAGGAGGAAACAUGAGGCCGUGGCCCGUCCUGCUGCUCGCUCUGCUCCCUCACAUUUUUGCCGCAGAAGAGUCCUGUCUGGGCCGCUGUGAAGAUGGCUUUGACUCUAAGAAGGCGUGCCAGUGUGACUCCAUGUGCAAGUAUUACAAAAGCUGCUGUUCUGACUUCGAGGUCACCUGCGGCAUGAGAACUCGCGGAGACACGUUUGUGGUCGCGGAGGACGAUGAUUUCGGCCCGUCUAAAGGCAUCACUCCUUCCUUCCAGCGUUCAGCACACCAGCGGCCCUUUACCACCGUCAGCGGUCUGCAGGCGCCCACGGAGCAUCCCACCCCAGGCUCCAGGCGCAGACAACGGCAGCGUACAAAGACCCCACCGCCAGUGACUCCAACUCCUGUACAGAUGGAGUCUCUCCCUCCUACAGACAAGACUCGUGCCCCCCAAACAGUGCCUCUGACCCAAGAGACCCACAACACGUCCCAUCUUCCUCUGAUCGCUGAAACUGCAGAGGCCACCACCGUUCCGGAGACAACCACUGAUCUGGAGACAACCACUGAUCUGGAGACAACCACUGUUCCCUUGACAACAGGAACCACCGAGGCCCCCGAUCCAGACGCCAUGGUCUGCAGCGGCACGCCCUUCGACUCCUUCAUGCAACUUAAAAAUGGCUCCAUCUACGCCUUCAGAGGGGAGUACUUCUUUGUGCUGGACCAGAAGUCGGUGCUGCCCGGUUAUCCGAAGCUCAUUAAAGACGUGUGGGGCAUCAAAGGGCCCAUUGAUGCCGCGUUCACCCGCGUCAACUGUCAGGGGAAGACCUACAUUUUUAAGGGAAACAAAUAUUGGAGGUUUGACGACGGGAUGCUGGAAGACGACUAUCCUCGAGACAUCAGCGUUGGCUUCGAUAAGAUUCCUGAUUACGUGGAUGCGGCGUUCGCCCUCCCUGCUCCAAGUCACCACGGAAAGGAGAAGGCCUUCUUCUUCAAAGGUGACCAGUACUACAUGUACGAGUUUUUGCACCAGCCGUCCCACGAGGAGUGCGUCACCAUGUCUGAGACGUCUCCUUCCACGCUCUUCAGGCGCUACACUGACAUGUACCACAGCAACUACGAGCGUUUCUUCGGGGAGCUCUUCGCCGACUUGCCUCAGCACCACGACAAGCACCACUUCAUCAACAAGGACUGGAAGGGCCUCAAGUCUCCGGUGGGCGCGGCCAUGGCUGGCAGGAUCUACGUCACCGGCCGGACAGCACCGCCGCCGCCACCUCCACCUCCACCCCCCCGCAGAGACUACCAACCUGACCAGCAGUGGGGCCGGCAGCAAGGCCAGCAGUGGGGCCAGCAGUACCAGCAGAACGGGUGGCAGUGGGGUCAGAGGAGGAGGAGGGGCCGCUCACCUUACUGGGGCUCCAUGGCCGAGCAGGGCAUGAGCAUGGGUCAGGACUUUGCUCAGAGGGGGAUGGAAAUGGGUCUGAGACUGGCGGAGAGGAGGAUGGAGAUGGAGGAGAGGCUCGGCCGAGACUGGGACAGACGGUACGAUCAGGACUGGGACCAGGACAGACGGAGGGACAGUUACCGCCAGAACAACAGGGGCAACUACGACUCCAGAGACUACUACGACUUUCUCCAAAGGGAUCAGCCCGUGCAGAGCGUCUACUUCUUCAAAGGAGAUAAAUACUACAGAGUGGACCUCAAGACUAAGAGAGUGGAUCGCGCCGUGCCCCCGUACCCCAGGUCCAUCGCCAAGUACUGGCUCGGCUGUUCAGGCACCGUUGGAGCAGAGAAGUAGAGGAACAUUUUCACCGGAGCAGCUUGCGUUAAAGGGGGUAAAAAGUGUGUCAAACAUGUUCAGUGUUAAGGCAGAACCGGGUGCUCAUCUACUUCAGCAAAUAUUGGAGAUCGGUGAAAGUCCGCAUGCAUUCAUGGCUAAAGUGCAGCUAGCUGAUUUUCCGAACUGUACUUAUGUCUUGUGUCGUCAAUGUCUGUUUUUCAUACCCAGCUAUAGUAAAAACAAAGAUAGUAGUAGUAAACAGUAGAUAAAUUUACAUAUUGAUUAUAAAAACCCCUGCUAAUCUCCAAGAUAGUUUUUAGAACUUUACUACUUUUCAUUGCUUAGUUAUUUGAGUCGUAAUUACAGAAGCUUUUUAAAUCAUGUAUCCACAGUAUUCAUAGUUUAUUAUCUCAUUAUUAAUCACAGACAUAUAUACAGUGAAUAACAGAAAAGAUAAGAGGAGAGAAAAACAUUAUUUUCACAUGAGUUUUUAACCUAAGAGUGGACUCACGACACACACAGGUAUCAGAGGUCAGUGGCAGGUGUGUCGGUGCUCGAGGAAACUUUGAUGAUAAGGUGGUGAAACGUUUUUACGGUCCCAGUUUUUGACAUGUAGUGGCUAGUGAAUCAACCCUGUUUAGUUUAUUUUUACACGUGUCAUUCCUGGCUAAUAUAAUGUCAGAAUAGAGGACUUCACCUUUUUUUAAAACUCAGUUUACACUCUAAGCAGAAACCUUCUAGGUCGCAUAAAAAUGUGUGUCUACAAACCUCCAGUCUUUGUAUUUCGUUAUUUCGCAUCUGACUCCAUAAGUUCCAGAUGUUACAGUACUUGUAUGUAUUUACUGAAGUAAAUAAAAGCAAUAAAACCAA